CAAUGUCCAUUGCCAUAUCCACUCAACUUCUUCAAGAUUUUUUUGGAGAAUUGCACUCUAGGAGGUUGCUGCUGCAUACCCCACCUUUCCAAACACCAACUACAGCAGUUCCUCCAAACCCUGAAAACAACCACAAUUCUUCAAAUCCUUACACCAGUAAUAACAGCUUCGAUGCAAACAUUGUUAUGGUUCUGUCUGUCCUCUUGUGUGCCCUAAUUUGCUCACUAGGACUCAAUUCCAUCAUUAGGUGUGCAUUAAGGUGCUCAAGUCUAGUAGCUUCAGAAUCCGGACCCAGCACCUCAGCUCGGUUAGCAAACACAGGGGUCAAGCGAAAAGCCUUAAAAACCUUUCCAACAGUAAACUACUCCACUGACUUAGAGCUGACUGGCUUGGACUCAGAGUGUGUCAUAUGUCUAUCAGAUUUCACACCUGGUGACCGCGUGCGGCUUCUACCAAAGUGUAACCAUGGAUUCCAUGUCCGGUGCAUUGAUAAGUGGCUGAGCUCUCAUUCAUCUUGCCCUAAAUGCAGGCACUGCCUAAUAGAGACAUGCCAAAAGAUUGUUGGGUGUAGCCAGGCAAGCUCGUCAGAACCUCCUACAGUAGCUGUGACAAUAGCACCGGUAGCUCCUGAAGGUUUGAUACAUAGCUAUAGGUGAAUUAGCUUAGUCAAAUUUUUUGUUAAUUGUACCAUAUGCAAGCCAGAAUGAAAAUUAUCACCAGAAGGCUAUAGGUCAGCUGCCAGAAUACCAUUCAAAACCUAGUGUAAAGUCCAGUUGUAAAUACUACUCGUUUUAUCUUUU